AACUUUAAAAAAAUGGAGGGAAUGAAGGGAGUGCUUUAGUGAAUUGUAGAGUUAAUGAGAAGGCUCGACUGGGGAUUUGGAGCGCUGUCAUGUAUUGUGACUCGUAAAUAAUACUCCACUAUUUUCAAAAACUUUAAAUUAAUUAUCAAAAAAAAAAAAUAAUCUGAAAUUCCACUAUUUUCAUUUGAAUUUCUGAACUUCUCAAACCAUUCGAACUGUACUCUUCUCAUUUUGCUCUGUUCUUAUUCAAUCAUCUUAUUAUUUUGCCCAAUUUCUUUCACACAAAUUCUGGGUCACAAAUUGUGCUUCAAGUACUCCACCACUUCCACCCUUUUACGCCUUUCUUCACCACCUCCCUAUAACAGACCUGAAGAAACUAAAAAGAGGCAGAGUGGUUGAGGACUUUUGUAAAAAGUAUGAAACAACAAGGGGUAAAGAUACUAGAGGUAUCAAUAAGAAUACUUUGAAGGAGGCUUUACUGGAAACUGAUUCUGAAGCUGAAGUUAGAGAAACAUUUCUGAUGUAUGCUAUUUGCUCUGUGCUCUGCCCGUCAACCAUUGACAAGGUACAAAGCAAAUACUUAGGCUUGGUUUCAUAUGCUCAAGACUCCAAGAGGUAUGACUGGAGCACCAUUGUCUUAAACGAUCUCAAAAGAAAUUUGAAAAAGUUUAUUAGCACAUUCAAUAAACAAGGCUAUACCAAAAGCUGUGGAGGUUGUGUAUUCGUCUUGUUGAUCAUAUACUUGGACAACUUGGCCCGACAACCUGUCCAGUGGCUUUCUUAUCCAAGGAUUGGUGCUUGGACGGAUGAAUUAAUCCGAGAAGCAAGAAAAGCAGAUAAAAUCAAAUCUAAGGAUUACGGCAAGAUUGGGUUUGGAGGUGAGAUUUGGUAUGGACUUCCACAUCCAAAACAGACACACGACCUCUUGCCUCCCGAAGAGGGAGUUCCAACUAAAGUUUAUGAAUUACACAAGUCUUUGGCUAGACAAGCAAGGCCAAAAAAAUCCAAUUUAUGUCCAAAUGACUAUCUGCAAAUGGCCAAACUGAGAAGACAACAUAAUGCAGAUAAACGUUCCUCAUCUUCAUUAGCGUCUUCAUCAAGUUCACCUCAAUCAUUGUCUGAAAAUUCAGCUCAAUCAGAGUCACUUUCAGCUUCAUCAAAGUCUGAAAGUUCAACUCAAGCAGUGCCUGAAAAUUCAGCUCAACCAGAGUCACGUCCAGCUUGGCCUAGUGAUAUUUCAGAUGGUAACCCUGUCUUGCAUACAUGAUCUGCUGGGAGCCUGUGCUUGAGGCAAACCUUGGUAUUGCAGCUUUUGCAAACCGUGGCAUUGGAGAACGUCAAGUACUGCCUGCAUCCUUUUAUGGGGCAUUGUGGUUUCUUCUUCUUUGAUGGGUCACAUUCUUUUGAGCUUGCAUGUUUCUGUUUCAUCGCCAUCUCGUCUUCACAAGAUAAACCUGUUGUUUCCAUUGAUUUUGAGCAUAUUUCACACACUAUCACCUUCCUGCUCUUGUCGUCUGGUAUUGGACAUUCAUGUGAUCUGUAUGUUCUGUGUUCUAGGCAGAAAACCUGCAGGUAGUCAUGCAACUUAUCAUUAAGACUUGCUAAGUGAAACUUCAUAAAUUGAAUGACCCUAGCACCCUAAAAAAUUUCAUAUGAAAACCCGAAUUUUUUUUAGAUUGGGACUGCCAUCAUCAUUUGAUAUUGUUGAUCCCCCAAUCCUUUAUUUAUCUUCUACUUUUUGAUUAUUUUGUUAUUAAUCCCCCAUUCUCUCUUCUUUUUGAGAGUCUUACCCACUUUUCGGGUCUUCCCUCUCCUUUUAUAGGAACUUGGAGUUUGAGUUUGUUCUCUUACCAUGUGGAAGAUUGAAGUUUGAUAAUAGUAGUUUAUUUGAAAGUUUUAUUUUGUUA